AUGAAUAUAACGUCUCAUUCCUCGAUAUUUGACGAGAUAGGCUAUCUCAAUCAAACGAACCAUUAUUUGGUAACCGGAGACUCCAUUUUUGCCAGGUUACUGAAUGGCCCCUAUAAGUUCUUAUACACGCUCCACGAUGCUGUUCAGCAACAGUAUACUGAGGCGCAGAUGAUACUAAAUUAUUCUAGAAGUGAUGGACAGCAGGGGUCGAUCGAAUCUACGUCGCCGUGGGAACCACUUGCGUUUUUAACGAACUUCUUUUCUACAAAGUAUGCAGUGGUAUGCUUGGUGUUUGCAUUGUUGAUGAACAAAUACGUCAUGAAUAGUACACAGAGACCUAGUUUGGUCUCGAGGGGACAGCUUACCCCCUCCCCAAUACCAAAAUGGGGUGUCUACUCGGCACAUUCAGUGUCCAUCUUCUCGCUAUUAUACAUGAUGGUGGUUCCUUUCCAAAGACAGGUAGAUAGCAAAGGUAACCUCGACAUAUACCUCUUCUCGCAUUUCAUCGUUUUUACGGCAUCCAACGUCGUAGAAACUGUAUUCUCGAUUCAGAAUAACAUGCUGCCAUUGGAGAGCCCAGACUUCUCGAUUUUCGAAUUAGCUAUACAGUCCUACAAGAUGCUGAACGACGCUAAGUUCGAUGGACCCCUUAACUUCAACCUUGCGUACUUGCCGGAUUUAACUUUGGCGUUGGUUGGAAGACUGGUUAUUCAUAUUGUCGAUGUUUUCCAACUCAGGAAAUACAGGCUGUUUGCGUCCACCGUGGUCAACUGUAUCCAUUCAGGUGUUUUGACUUAUAUAUUGAUGGACUACGGCGCCAGCUACAUUCCACUUACUGUAAGGAUAAGGCAUUUCCCAAAAGUAUUUUUCACCAUGGUUUCUUUGCUUUCUUUAUCUUCCUACGCCGCGGCUGUAUUGGUGAGAUGGAACCCCUUCCACGAUAUGCCUGAACUGAACACAGAAGAAUUACAAUUUCACUCUUUCGUCCACAACUGGUGGAGCCACCUGAAUCUUACCGGAGAAGAGGAUUACUUCACAGCAAUGAAAAAGCUAGCUUUGCUAUUGUGUCUGGGGAUUGACAGUAAGGAUAAACAUUAUAAUAGAGAGUUGCCCAGUGUCACUCUUUCUGACUCGCUGAAUAAGAAUUUUAAGAUAAGUCGGUAUCUAAUCGACCAAACAGGGACUAUACUUGAUCAAGUGGAACCAUCCGUACGAUUUGGAAGGGUGAAACACAGUAAAACUGCUGUAGGUGGAGCGAUAAUUAGUUUGUGGAAUAUUGUGGUUUUCCUCUUCAGAUUGAUUUUUCCUACGAGGACGCACAAGGAUCAUAUAAUCAAACCUUCGUGGCCAAAAUCAUCUACAACUUUAUGCGCAACCCGCCAAAAUGUUUCAAAUUGGGGAGGAGAAGAGCAAGACGAGGUAGGAUGGAUUGCGGAUAAAUCUGAUGAUAGUGAUGACAGUGAUGACAAUGAUGAAGAGUACGUUCUGGAUAAUAACUCUUUGGAUGAACCUAAUCUCACCUCUCAUUCAGAUUCGGAUUCGGAUUCCGAUCUAGGAAUCGACGAUGUACCUGGUGCUGAGUUUUUUGAGUUGUUGACUCCACCAAGUGGACUCACGAUAAAUGAUGACCUUCAAUGGGUUGCAUCUACCAGUGCAAUUUUGCAAGCACAUCUCAGCUCUGCCAGUAGAGUAACAAGAUUCAACUACGAAAAACAGGCUCACUUGCAUGCAAAGGACAGCACCGACAACUUUAACGAUGAGAUCGAUCACACAUGUGCAAUAUGUAAAACGAAUCCAAGGGACAUCAUUCUGUGGCCGUGUAAGUGCUUUGCGAUAUGCUCCAGUUGUAAAGUGUCUCUAGCGUUACGGGGAUACAAAACCUGUAUAUGUUGUCGGAGAACAGUAUCAGGAUUUAGCAAAGUCCAUUACACGCAUAGUCGUUGA